ACAAGCCGAUUACUGAAGGCUACUGAGCCCUCUCUGUCAAUAUGCGUCUUUCCUCUCACGGUCAGACGGGAGGAGGACACAGCAGCCCACAGCUGAACUUUCAUUUUUCCGUUUCUCACACGAAAAAACUUUUUUUAAGGGAACUUUUUUUAAUGGACCUACUCCACGAGAACGCACGUGAAGAAAGACUGGAUGUUUUAUUUUGUAAGAUCUGAUUUAUUCCGUAAGAUGUGUGUGUGUGGCACUCUGCGAAGCAAACGGUGACCUCCAGGUACUUAAAAGUGUUUUUUUGGUUUUUUAGCGGCUGCAUUAUAAUUUUUUAAAGUAUAGCAGCGAAUGCUGUUCAUAAUUUGAUCUUUAUGCAUUUAAUUUAUGUAAAGGAGGUUAAAUUUGGAAGCCAAAUGAAAAUGCCUUGCGCACUAAACUUUAUUAGUAAGUGAACUUUACCAUCGGGCUCCAACAAGCCAAGUGAGGAGGGAAAGUAAAACCCCCUCUCCGCUUCGCUCACCUGCAAGUGCAAAGUGUAAAAUGAGCAGCCCCUCCAGGAGUUUAGACGGACAGAAAGGUGACGGCUCUGGCACCAAACCGGAGACGCCCAGGUACCGCAGCUGGAGCAGUCUCCGCUUCUCCAAAUGGAGAAGUGCGUCCCAGAGGGCAACCCCGCCUGCCACCCCUUCCCCGAAGACAGAGAAGAGGAGCGACGUGAGCAAGACGCUCUUCUCCCUGGUCAAGACUCACAAUGACGACUACACAGCGGAUCCGGAUGGCCUCCUGGAGACCGACGGAGAGGGCGAAGGAGACAGCGAUAGCCAGUCUCAGGACCAGGCCACCUACUUCCAGAAGCAGUUCGGCUCCAUGCUGCAGCCCGGGGUCAACAAGUUCUCCCUGCGCAUGUUCGGCAGUCACAAAGGUGUUGCUGCUGAGCAGGAGAGGGUUAAAAGCUUUGGAGUGUGGAUCAUACACCCCUACAGUGACUUCAGGUUUUACUGGGACAUCGUAAUGCUCCUGUUGAUGAUGAGCAAUCUUGUCAUUUUGCCCUGGGGUAUCACCUUCUUCGAAGACCAGAACACCAUGCCCUGGAUCACCUUCAACGUCCUGUCAGACACACUCUUCCUCAUGGAUCUGGUUUUCAACUUCCGUACGGGCAUUUUGGGAGAGGACAGCCACAUCAUCCUGGACCCCAAAGAGAUCCGCAUUCAUUACCUCCGCACUUGGUUCCUGGUGGAUUUCAUCUCCUCCAUCCCUGUCGACUACAUCUUUCUCAUCGUCGACCUUGAAUCCCGACACGAGUCAUCAGACGUGUACCGUACCGCCCGUGCACUUCGCAUUGUGCGUUUCACAAAGAUCCUCAGUCUGCUGCGUCUUCUCCGUCUGUCUCGCCUCAUCCGAUACAUCCACCAAUGGGAGGAGAUUUUCCACAUGACUUAUGACCUGGCCAGUGCUGUGGUGCGUAUAGUCAACUUGAUUGGCAUGAUGUUGCUGUUGUGUCACUGGGAUGGCUGCCUGACCUUUAUGGUACCUAUGCUGCAAGACUUUCCUCCAGACUGCUGGGUAUCCAAAAACAAUAUGGUGAACUCUACAUGGCACAUCCAGUACUCCUACGCUCUGUUUAUGGCCAUGAGUCACAUGCUGUGCAUAGGAUACGGUGCUCACCCUCCAGAGGGCAUGACCGAUGUUUGGCUCACCAUGGUCAGCAUGGUAGUCGGGGCCACGUGCUACGCCAUGUUCCUCGGCCAUGCCACUAACCUGGUCCAGUCCUUGGACGCCUCGCAUCGGCAGUAUCAAGAGAAGUAUAAACAAGUGGAGCAGUACAUGUCAUUUCACAAACUGCCAGCAGACUUAAGACAGAGGAUCCACGAUUACUAUGAGCAGCGAUUCCAAGGCAAGAUGUUUGAUGAGGACAACAUCCUUGGAGAGCUCAGUGACCCACUCAAGGAGGAGAUUGUCAGCUAUAACUGUCGUGGACUCGUAGCCAAUAUGCCACUGUUUGCCAACACUGACCCUCAUUUUGUGACGGUGAUCCUGACCAAGCUGCGUUUCGAAGUCUUCCAGCCAGGAGAUUUUAUUAUACGAGAGGGAACGCUGGGUCGGAAAAUGUACUUUAUCCAGCACGGCACCGUCACCAUCAUCCCACGCGGUAGUAAGGAGAUUAAGCUCAGCGAUGGAGCAUAUUUUGGGGAGAUUUGCUUGCUGACACAGGGACGACGCACAGCCAGCGUGAGGGCUGAGACCUACUGCCGUCUGUACUCGUUGAGCGCGGACAGUUUCAGCGAGGUCCUGGAGGAGCAUCCUCUGAUGAGGAGGGCGUUUGAGAGUGUGGCCGUGAACCGACUGGACCGCGUUGCGCGCAGACCGAGUUAUCAGCCAGUCCCAGAUGAAUGACUCCCUCAGCACCAUGAGAAAAACAUUCCAGCCAGACUCAUCGAGCACAUUUGUCACAUUUAAACUGCACAUGACAAAGAUAUCUUCUAUUGGAGCAUGCUGAUGGACAAUCAGAUAGCGAGACCUACUUAAACUUAUUAGUACAGCAUUACUGCACUGAGGUGAAAAUAGUCUACCUUCAGUGGUUUUAUUUCAUUAUUUGAACUUGAAUAAGCUGUAAUAUGUGCUCAUGUUUGUAUUAGAGCUUUGUUUUGAUUUACAUGAGCUUUUUAUUUAUUGAUUGAUGUACUGAUUUAUUAAUGAAUUAGUUUUUGUUUUUUUGUUUUUACCAAGAGUCUGUCUGGACUGGUCUCUUUCCAGCUGUAAAUACCUCUUUUAAAGCACAUUUUAGUGGCCUGUAGUGCCACUUUGAUUAUCUAUCAGAUCAUCCGUCCAGGAUAUUGACAGCCUACAGGAGCAGCAGCUGGUGUUACAUCAUUCAGCUUUCUGUGGCUCUAUUUUAAAUGAUCCUUCUCAUCUGUAGGUUGCCUGAUGUCAAGAUGUAAUGCUGAUGUUCACAGAAGAUCAGUUGCGGUUAUGUAAUAUCUCCAGCUGUACACAGACAGGUUUCACAGAGGUCAUAUAAAGAAUAAUUUAUACCCAGUAUUAUUUGUUUCCAUACUAUUUUUGUUGCAUUUUUUCUGGCAUAUUGUUUAUUUAUAAUGUAAAACUAAUGAAUGAGAAUAAAGUCUCUAAAGGUUAACUAGUUGGUAACUGUCAGAUGAUGCUGUUGUAUAAUGUAAGUUCUAUUUUUGUUAAUAUAUCAGCUGAACUUUCUCAGUUUUUUUACUUCACUUUUUUAGUGAGGUUACAUACAGGGUAUACAUGCAGCAUUUUUCACAGCAGAAGCCACAGCUGUAUCUAAACAUCAACAAUGUAGUUAUUAGAAGUUUAUUUCUGUUCUGUUUUUGCUUAAAAGAAAGAUUUUGCAAAUUUAAAUUGACUGAAUGCUGAUUUACAUUUAGAUUAAUACUGUUUCCUUUUCUCAGGUGCAUUUGAAACAGCAUGAUUUUGAAUAUUUUCAUCUGAUGCACACAAAACAGACCUUUUUGGAAUUUACAAGUUUAACUGAAAUGUCUUUAUUUUUUCUUAUUUUUCUGAUUAUUACCUUUAUAUUGAUGAUGUCAUGUGUAUACAAAUAUCUGUAACCUUGAAGCAUAAAUAUCAAAUAUGUAUUUUUU